GAUGCCAUCGUGAUCCAUGAAGUUUAUGAAGAAGGGGCAGCAGCCCGGGAUGGCAGGCUGUGGGCCGGUGAUCAGAUUCUGGAGGUGAACGGGAUCGAUCUGCGGAACGCCAGCCACGAAGAAGCCAUCACUGCGCUACGCCAGACGCCCCAGAAGGUGCAGUUGGUGGUUUAUAGAGACGAAGCGCAUUACAAAGAUGAAGAAAACUUAGAGAUUUUCUAUGUAGAUAUCCAAAAGAAAACGGGCCGAGGACUGGGGCUCAGCAUAGCUGGAAAGCGAAAUGGAAGUGGCGUGUUUAUCUCUGACAUUGUUAAAGGAGGAGCUGCAGACCUAGAUGGGAGAUUAAUUCAAGGAGAUCAAAUUUUGUCUGUAAAUGGAGAGGAUAUGAGGAAUGCCUCACAAGAGACUGUUGCCACUAUACUUAAGUGUGCCCAAGGCCUUGUGCAUCUUGAGCUUGGGAGAUUGCGAGCUGGAUCGUGGCUGUCAUCACGGAAAACACCCCAGAACAGUCAGGCGAACCAACAGAACAUCCACAGCCACUUCCACCCUGCGCUUGCUCCGGUCCUCACUACCUUACAGAACUUUGUCAGCACAAAAAGAUCUUCAGCAGACGUGUCUCAGAGGAACUCAGAUACGGGCCCCAGGACUGUGGAGAUAACAAGGGGACCAAAUGAUGCACUCGGUAUCAGUAUAGCAGGUGGAAAGGGCAGUCCAUUAGGAGAUAUUCCCAUCUUCAUUGCUAUGAUUCAAGCCAGUGGCGUGGCCGCACGUACCCAAAGACUCAGAGUUGGAGAUCGGAUUGUCAGUAUUAAUGGGCAACUUUUGGAUGGGCUGUCUCAUGCAGAUGCAGUUAAUCUACUAAAGAAUGCUUAUGGGAGCAUUAUCCUGCAGGUUGUGGCUGAUACCAACAUCGGUGCCAUCGCGACCCAGCUGGAGAGCAUGUCUGCGGGGUGCAACCUCAGCGCUGCUUCUGAGCAUCCUUCUGAAGAUCCCGAAGCACCUCAGCCUAAGAUGAUUACUUUGGAGAAAGGCUCUGAUGGACUGGGAUUUAGUAUUGUGGGGGGGUAUGGAAGUCCCCAUGGAGACCUGCCCAUUUAUGUCAAGACUAUAUUUGCCAAGGGAGCAGCUGCGGACGACGGCAGGCUGAAGCGCGGCGAUCAGAUCAUCGCGGUUAACGGGGAAGCUUUGGAAGGUGUGACUCACGAGCAAGCUGUAGCCAUCCUGAAGCGCCAGAAAGGAACCGUAACGUUAACGGUGUUAUCGUGAAUGUCAUUGCUCUUCGCGGAGAUAAAUACAAUUAUUUUAGAACAUCAGUAGAGCUAUAAUAAUCCUGUUCAGCCUGAGCGGGAUGUAAAGCAAACCCUGGCAAAAAUGAAUCCGUGCUCGCCCCGUUGCCAGAAAGGGGUAGUGAGCAUCUCCAGCUUCAUUUAGCCUUCCCCAUUUAUCAGCCUUUCCCCCCGCCUUCCCCUUCUUCUGGUGGCUUUUGAGGUUUCUCUGGACAGGUUUAAUUAAGAAACUUCAAAGAACAGUAUCCAUUUUCCUCUAUUUAUACAUGGGUUUAUCCCCACUAGUCUGAACCCCUGUUAC